CAUGUCGUAGGCUACACUUAAAAAGAUUGAUAGUGAUUGAUUUCAAUUUUGAAAAGCAAUUCAAAGCUCUUUCAGUUGGCUAAAGCAAACAUUUUUUAAACGAUUACUUUGCAUUCUGUUUUAAAAAGAAAUGGCAUUUUAACUUUGGGCACAUGUGCCAUUUGUUGUCUUACUUUUAGAAUACUGUUCAUAACAUUAGGCCUACGUAUAUAAGAAUAAAGAGACCUAGUUCAUCUUAAUUUGUUACAGUCAUCUUCUUCUUUAGAUUCUACUUUGACCAUUGUCAUUAUGUUAAAGUAGGAUGACUGGCCAUUUACAACUGUGUCCAUUUUGACUACUUCCUCUACAUGUAUACAACUCAUAUAUUAGUAGGUCAACCGAAUAUAAUGUUUAUUUAUCCCUUACAUGCUAUCUAUCAAUGAGGUAAAGAGGCUUUUAUCUCUGUGACAACUGUAUCUAUGAGAAUGACGGAGUAUGAUUGAGAGUGGCCAUGUUGCGUUUGCUGAGGACUUCCGCCACUUCCGGUACCUUUCUGAAAUGUCUGAAAAGUACAAGAUCUGAAACAAUAAACUUUCUGGCUCACGACAGGUUGUGUCUGGUCGUUACAAGGAAUGGAUUUGCAUCUGGUACACAAAUAGAAGAAACUGCUAAACGCUAUCCUAACUUAAAAAGGCGAACUUUUGAGAAAUUGUCGGAGAAAGAUGUGGCCUUCUUUGAAAAUCUUUUACCUGGAAGGGUUGUUACAGAAAAAUCUGAUUUGGAAGGAGCAAACACCGAUUGGUUACGUACAUGCAGAGGAAGCAGUUCCAUAUUACUACGACCAAAAUCUACAUCUGAAGUGAGUAGUAUAUUAAAAUAUUGUAAUGAAAGAAAGUUAGCCGUGGUACCUCAAGGUGGUAAUACAGGUCUAGUGGGAGGUAGUGUUCCUGUAUUUGAUGAAAUUAUUCUCUCGACACAGUUAAUGAAUGAAAUUAAUCAACUUGAUCAUUUAUCAGGGACAUUGCAAUGCCAAGCUGGCUGUAUUUUGGCUAAUUUAGAAGAAUAUGUGUCAGACUAUAACCUGACUAUGCCACUAGAUUUAGGGGCUAAAGGAAGUUGUCAUAUAGGUGGUAAUCUGUCGACUAAUGCUGGUGGAGUUAGAUUAUUACGAUAUGGUAGUCUGCAUGGUUCAGUUUUAGGUGUUGAAGCAGUAUUAGCUGAUGGAGAAGUGAUAGAUUGUAUGUCAGCAUUAAGGAAAGAUAAUACAGGUUAUGAUGUUAAACAGUUAUUUAUUGGUUCAGAGGGUACACUUGGAGUCAUCACAGCUGUUUCUAUACUCUGUCCACAGAAACCCAAAUUCUCUUAUGUUGCUUUCUUAGGUUGUAAAGAUUUCCAAGCAGUAUUACAGAUUUAUCAACAGGCUAAAAUUCAUCUUGGUGAAAUAUUAUCAGCUUUUGAAUUCAUGGACUCAGCUUCAAUGGACUGUGUUAAACAGAACUUAAAUCUUAAAAGUCCUGUAUCAGAGAGUCCUUUUUAUGUAUUAAUUGAAACUGGAGGAUCUAAUGGUUCUCAUGAUGAAGAGAAACUCAAUCAGUUUUUAGAAAAAGAGAUGAAUUCAGGAACUAUACAAGAUGGUACUGUCGCUACAGAUUCAGUCAAGAUUAAUAAUGUAUGGGGAUUAAGAGAAAGAAUGGCUGAGGGAUUAAUUAUAGAUGGAUAUAAUUAUAAAUAUGACAUCUCACUACCAUUAACUAGAUUCUAUAACCUGGUAGAGGACAUGAGGAAACAAGUUGAUGGGUCGGCAACAAGAGUAGUUGGUUAUGGUCAUGUUGGAGAUGGGAACCUACAUUUAAAUGUUACCUCACCUGAAUAUGAUGAUAAAUUAAUGAAGUUAAUAGAGCCAUUUAUAUAUGACUGGGUACGAGAAGAGAAAGGUAGUAUCAGUGCUGAACAUGGUCUGGGCUUUAAAAAGAGGAAUUUUAUUUAUCAUAGUAAAUCUAGAAGUUCAGUUGAUCUGAUGAAGAGGAUGAAAUCCAUGAUGGAUCCUAAUGGAAUAUUAAAUCCAUAUAAAGUUCUUCCAGAUAAUGACUGAUCAGAAAAUGAUUUGAUUUUUGUUGUGACUCAUUCAUGGAUUUAAUGGAAUUUGUUUGAUUAUAUUGAAUCAGAAAGUUAAAAUAAAACUUAAUUUCAUCUU